AUGCUUGGUGGUACGAAUGAUACAAUGGAAAUCGAUAGCGGAAAACCAAAAAAGGGCAAGCAAGGCGCGCCCCGCAAACGAGUCUCCCAAGCCUGCGAUAGAUGCAGAAGUCGAAAGGACAAAUGUAACGGGGGAAAACCAAGUUGCUCGACUUGCGUGCAGAAUGGAAGUACUUGCUCAUAUGAUGCAAACGUCAAGAAGCGAGGUUUGCCUGAGGGUUAUGUGAGGGGCUUGGAACGACUCUGGGGACUCGCCAUUCGAGAGGUACAAGAUGUGGAGGAAAAUAUGCUGGAAGCCCUCAACCUCAACGGAGCUGAGGCGGGCAAGAAUAAUGGCAAAAUUACGCCUCUCAAGGCCUGGAAUGACGAAACGAGCUCGGAAAAUCUGGUCAAGAUUUGGCGUACAUCGCAACUUUCUCAGGAGCUAGAGAGGCUGCUUUCUUCUUUGGAGCCUGUGGGUGUUGCACAAAGCAACAAGAGGAAAAGACUAGAUUCCGACGUUCAAUUACCCGAAAUUAGAAAGGCGGUUUUCGGAAGUCCUCCAGCUACUCCAAGUCCAGCCAUCUGGGAGAAGCAGAUGCAUGCAGAGUACCCAGCUCUACCAGACAAUGACCACAAUGGCUCUGUUGCCUACCAAAAUUCAAGGGAGAAUGGCCAUGUGGCUAAUGAGCUGAGAGACCAAACUUCCAUUCUUACACCGUCCCACAUAUCUAAUGGUUCUCAUGCAUCUCAAGGUGGAAGCGCUUCGAACGAGAUACCGGAACUCCCUUCUGAGACUUGGAAUCUUCUAGAUGUCUACUUUUCCUAUACUCACCCCUGGUUGCCAAUAAUUGAGAAGCAUGAUCUUCUCCGAACUUCUUACCAGUAUUCUCAAAGCCACAACUCCUUAGGUUCUGGAGACCAUGCUGCAUUAUGGGCUGUGAUAGCGUUUGCAAAAUUUCAGCAUAGAGCCAUUAACAAGAUUCCUCGUGCACAAGGUUCCGUCAGAGAGAUGGUUUGGACUGCGGAGAGAAUCUAUUCGCACGCGAGAACACUUAUACCAAACGAGGAGGGCAAUUUUGAACUAGGCCAUGUUCAAGCGCUUCUCAUCUUAACGCUUGCCAACAUGGGAACGGGCGAAUUUUCCAGAGCUUGGUCGUUGAUUGGUCAAGCCGUUCGUGCAGCCAUUGAUCUUGAAUUAGACACGGAUGCAGAGACAAUCGUCAACAAACCCAAAUCUAGAUCAAAACACGUAUAUCUAGGCUGUUUUGUCUUGGAUACUUUGGUCGCCGCUCGUUUGAGACGCCGUCCACACCUAAGGUCACAAGAUAUAGACCUGGUUGGAGGCAUUGAUGAGGAUGGUUUAGAAGAGUGGGAUCCUUGGACCGAUUGCCUUUCAGUACGAAAAACCAAUCCUGGGAGCUCUCGCGUUCCAUCGUCCAUUCUCAGCACUUUCAACCGUCUGGUACAAGUCUUGCAGGUCUUGAAUGAAGUUAUCUGCACCUCAUCGAAUGCCAUAGGUACUGGCAUACAUGCCAGCACAAAAUUCCUGGAAAAGCUGCAUGCUUGGAGCCAGAGGCAGCCAUCACCACUGUAUUCUGAAACUUCUUUCAUAAACAGCGAGAAAGCUAUUCCAUUGUUGCCGCAUCAUUAUCACUUGCAUACGGCAUACUUUGCUACCCUGGCAAAGUCACAAAUGCUUGCCUAUAACCCUGGUCAAGAAAAUGUGAGCUUGGAGCCUUCCUCCCAGACAGCACGUCAAAUAUCUGAACUUCUCAAGAGAUAUUCUGAUACGUUCGGCUUGUUGAUCGUUCCGCCUACAUAUGAAUAUUUCGUUAAAAGCGCCUAUGACAUCGUUAGCGAAGUCCGAGGUAGCAUAGAGAACACCCAUAUCGUAAUCAAUGAUUGGAAACACAAUCUUGAUAUCUGUUUGAAUGACAUGGAGCCAGCUUGGUCAGCAUUCGAUUCAUUGCGAGGCUCUGUUAUAGGAAAGCCCUCGAACCAAGCACGCCGACAAAGCGAAGUUGCGUUUGAUCUGAUCAACGGAAUGAACUCAAUGGCAGAAGGAUCAGCCUCUGUCCAGACACCUCAAUCAGCCUUCGAAGUACAGGCUGCAUAUAGUCCUCAAUUCCCUAACUUUGGUGGAACAACACGUCAUCGAACCCCCAGCCAUCAGCAACCGCCAGCUCAGAAAACCCCUACAUUUGGAGCGUCGUCAGGGCCUGGCCUUCCUUUACCACCCAUGUACCAAGAUGUUCGAGCAACUCUACGAAAUAGCACCACUACAAACCAAACAACACCCACCAUGACGAAUAAUCAUACACGACAGGCAUCGAGGUUGAGCUUCACUUCGUCGGAUGUCGCUUUAGAUCCGAUACAAAGCAAUGCUUCGGUGAUAUCAGAUAAUGAUACCGAUCCUUUGGCCAAUGAGUUCGCGGCUCUGGAUGCCAUGGAGUGGUAAGUUUUAUUCUUCAGGGGGAAAAGACAGGAGUGUGAAGCAUAAUCCUGACUCUUCGCAGGAGUGGAAACUGGGACCAGUCACUUCUAAAUUUAGGCUUCACGGAUCGCGCAAAUAUGAAUCAAGACUUCUACUCCUUUUGUCAGGAGCCGGAUCCCCUACAGGCCAAUAAUGUUUUCCAACAGUUAGUUGCUAAUUCUAAUGCUGAGGUGACUACCUUUUUCGAUGGCUCUGCGUUGGGAAAUAUGUCCACGGAUCCUGGACGGGGUUUCGUCACUGGGGAUGAGAAUGAGGGUAUUGAAGCUGGGCAGAUAUUGCAGGCGCUGAGCGCGGCUGAGGAACCGAUCGGGACCAUGAUGGAUGGUCGAUAG